AUGGAUGCCGCGCUGUUCGUCCUUAUCUCUGGUGUCGUUGUGGUAAUGGUAGGGAUGCGAGGAGGAGAGGACGCCGCGCUGUUUGUCCUCAUCGCUAGUGUCGUUGUGAUUCCAAAGACUGCGGGAAUCCACACUGCGACUCAGUUCUGGAAGGAGUACUUCAGUGAUCUGAAUGCUUCGGCGUUUCCGCACUUGACAUCUCCCCUUGAUGUUCCCUACCCCGAUGCAAGGUCAGAGCAACGCAUGACUUUCACAACUCUGCAACGGUCAACUUGGCCCGAGGCCCUGUUUGGUGUAGUGACAGAGCAACGGCAAACCCUGGCUAAUGGCCCAACACGGACUGUCGUCCCUUUCCGCGUACACUGCGCUUCUGACCAGUCUCUGUCAGACAUUUUGACCACAGUCAAUGGGAACGAUGAUGCCAUCCGCCAAUUUGCAGAUGUCGGUCUUCGCAACGUCGCUUCCUCUGGGGAUGACGGUUCUGCUGCUUGCGGGUUUCAGACCGUCCUGCUAGUCACCGAGGGCGACAAUGAAUGGUCCUCUCCUUGUGAGAUUCACCGCAAGAUCGGGGAGUCUGAGCUGUUUAUACCCUGCACCAAUCGCGCCCUGUUGCUCCACUGUCAGAUGGCCGGCCAGUGA